AUGGCAACUGAACAGCUGCAAACCUACCUGCAGAAGCCGCGUGUUUUCGUCACUACGGCCAUUUCAGAUGACACCGAUGGCGCUGGGUCGCUAGCUCGUUAUCUGCUAUACUCAAAUCAAUUCGAAACGGAAGGAUUGGUUGCUUGCACGAGUACCUGGUUGAAAGAUACAGUGUGCCCGCAAAACAUCGAGAAAAUCAUCAAUGCGUACGCUGGUGCAGUGGGCAACUUGAACAAACAUGUUCAUCAGAAUUGGCAGUAUCCAAGCGCGGAGCAUUUGAAGAGCCUGGUCAGAACAGGUGCCAAGGCAUAUGGUAUGACUGCAAUCAGCACUGAUGGUGAGCUGUCUGCGGGUGGGCAGCAUCUAUACGACCGUAUCAUUGCACCUUCAACACAGCCGUUAUGGGUUCUAUGUUGGGGCGGUACGAAUACACUCGCGGAGGCAUUGCUCAAGAUCGAUGACAACUACUCUCCCGAAGACUCGGAACGCCUGCUGUCCCGUUUACGUGUCUAUGCUGCUUCGGAUCAAGACAACUCAGGAGCAUGGAUUCGCAACAAUUUCCCUCAGAUAUUUUAUAUUGUCUCAAUACACGGAUGGAACCAUUACAACAUGGCCACUUGGGCUGGUAUCACUGGCGACAAGUACUAUGGCUUCGAUCAAGGUGGUCCUGACUAUACGAAGAUGGAGCGCAGUUGGAUCGACGAACACAUCCGCAUCGGAUCCUUAGGCAGCGCGUAUCCAGAUCAUCCAUGGGUUCCAGAAGGCGGCACGCCUACGUUUCUCUAUCUCACUCAAAAUGGUCUCGGUGUGCCUGACUGCCCUGAGUACGGAUCCUGGGGCGGACGAUAUGCCCGCACAGAUGUCAGCUCCGCAGGCUUGAAUAGCAAUCAUCACGGGGACGUCGUAGACCGAGUUAAGGGAAUCGAUGGCCGGAUGCACACCUCCAACCAUGCAACCAUCUGGCGCUGGCGCGACGCCUUCCAGAACGACUUUGCUGCGCGCAUCAAGUGGAGCAUGGAGCCUGACUUUGCGAAGGCGAACCACCACCCUGUCAUCACCGUCAAUGGUGAUUCGGGUCUGGCACCUAUGCGCAUCGACGCCGAAGCUGGAUCCAAAGUUACCCUUGAUGCGUCUGGUACAUAUGAUCCAGACAACAACAGCAAACUCACUUUCAAGUGGUGGCAUUAUCGAGAACCAACCGCGACGCAGUGGUGUGUGGAGAUGGAAGUCACAGAAUUGAAGAUUGAGAAGCUCGACGAUGAAGGUAGAAAGGUUGAGGUAACGUUGCCGCCGCCAGAGAAGUGUGCUGUGGAAUUAGAAAGCAGCAAACCUGUAUCGAUGGGACAGUUGCUGCAUUUGAUCCUGGAGGCCACUGAUAACGGCAGUCCGAACUUGACAAGUUACCGACGGGUGUUGAUACAGGCCACGAAUAAGGAGUUGAAAGGUGGUGCAUAA